GUCUUGGUCUCCGUUUGUUUUGUUUUGUUGUUUUGUUAUGCAUUCAUUCAUUGUUUCUACUUAUCCAAUGUAAGAACGGCUAAAGUGUUUAAGUUUUCUUUGAUUAGUUUAACGUUUUAAUAAGAAUUCAUUUCAAAGAACAAUGAUUUGUUCGUCAUUUGAUUCAAUAUUUGUGCUGUGCAUAGCUUUAGUUUCCACCAUCAAUUCAGUAUCUGCCAUUGAUUGCUAUCAGUGUACCAGUACCGAUCAUACAGACCCAUUUCAAUGUGGAGAGUACAUGACGGACGAUCGGGACAUAGAACCGACACCUUGUGAUAGUGUGUAUGGCGCGGCCUACUGCAUCAAACAUACUGGCCGAUUUGAAGGCGGGCUUGGUACAAAGAGGUUUUGCUCAUCUCUGGACCUCGGCAACUACUGCAACUACAUCAGACAACCUGGGGAUAUGAUGGAGUACCGCUCGUGUGUCUACACCUGUGACUCUGACGGCUGCAACGCAGGCAACACUCUGCGACUCAGUCUGACACACAUUACUGCAGCGCUCACAAUCACACUCGCUUCCACCAAGCUCUUCUCUUAGAAUUUCACAUUCAAAUGUUGAUUGUAAAUUUUAGAUAUUAAGUACCUUAAUAGAUCUGUCGUGGCCUUCUGCACAAGCUGCCAUUUGUGUUUUAGUGUUAAGAGUUGACAUAUUUAUGUACACAUUUUGUAUUUUAAAUAAAUCGGAGGUUUAUA